AUGAGUGUGCAAAAACAUGAGAAAGUUCAACUAACAGUAUACGAAGCAGAUGUAGUUAAAUUAAUUUUGGAAUUUUUGGAAAAACGUGAUCUAGCCAUCUCUAUGUUAGCCCUAGAACGAGAAACUGGACAAGUAAAUGGACCGUUCAAUGAAGAUAUACUAUUCUUUCGUCAAUUAAUUUUGGAAGGUCAUUGGGACGAUGCACUUGACUAUUUGGAACCAUUACGAGGUCCACCUGUUGCGUUAGAUCUUAGGAAGCCUCGAUUUUUAUUAUUAAAACAUAAGUAUCUAGAAUUAUUGUGUCUACGUGAUGUAACUAACUUGGAUGGGAAUAAUUCAGCUAAUGGGACUACCGGUGUUAAUGUUAACGAAAAUAAUAUAGAUCAUGGUGUUGAACAGGUUAUUGAUUGUUUGAAACAGUUAGAACCUGAAUGUGAAACUCAGGCAGAGUAUCGGGAUUUAACUCUUUUGUUAACUUUAACACGAUUAGACCAACAUCCGGAUUAUCGCUAUUGGAAUCCAAGUUUAGGCCGUUUACAAUGCUUUAAUCAGAUCUAUCCGCUCUUGCAACCAUUUAUUCAACUUAGUAAACAUUCAUCUAGUGGCCAGGCAUCAACUGACGAAAAUGCUCGUGGUGACCGACUUUUACGAUUACUUGUUAAAGGUUUACUAUACGAAGCCUGUGUAGAUUACUGUGCUCUUAUGGCAACAGAACGGAAAGCUCAAAUGCAGAUAACUGGAAUGCUUGGAGGUGAUUUAGACGAAGAAGAAGAAACUGAACGUCUUUACAAUCAGAAUAUUUCUUUACAUACUACACAAAACAAUGAAAUAAAUCAACGAGCACAUAGUCAUUCUACUAGUCAUUGUCGUCAACCUGUUGCACCGGAUUUAUCAUUAAAUUCAUGGCUUCAAUCAUUGAAACCAGUGAAUUUUAGUCAACCAUUCCAAUCAUAUGAAUUAGAUUUGAAAGUACAACCAAUUAAUCGACCAACACUUGAAUCUAGUUUAUGGCCAGAACAUAUAUUAACUCAACCUACUGUGAAACCACUCGUAUUUCCUUAUACUCACAUACCAGAAUCAAAUACCAUAAUGGGAUCGAGUAUUCAGCGUUCAGUAUUAUCAAUACAUAAUCCAGCUUUAAAAAGAGGCCAUCUUCAAGGACCUAGUGGUGAAUUAAUGCGAAGUCUUAUUCCUGCUUAUGAAGGACUUUCCAGUGGUCUCUUACGCAUGAAUCCACCGUCAUUACAAAAUGAUGAACUUAACGGUGAAUAUGACAUCAAUCAUCAUAAUGGUAUCAAUACAGGUUUGCGUCCAGUUAUUCGGAGUUCUGGUUUACCAAAUUUAUCUCGACGUGGUCCUCGGUUAAUGACUCAUUCUUUGUCGGGAUUUCGUCUUCCACCUAAUCCGAAUUUACAAUUUUUAAAUCAAAAAUCUAAUUCCAACCAAACAGUUGCAUCUACAAAUUCACAAGAUAAUAAUACUAUGUCAGAAGAUAAAGUACAAAAUAUUUCAGCUGAUCAAAACACUAAUGAAAAUGCUAAUUUAGAAUCGGCCAAUAUUUCCGCCAGUAUGCAAGCUUCAGUGGACCGGUUAUUUUCACUACAUGGUCAAAUGUCAUCUACUUCAACAGAUAUGAAUAGUUCUAUGGCAGAUCAUCAUGAACAUAACAUAUCCACAACGGUACGAAAUUCAAUGUUAUUAUCUCGUUCUACUGCUCUAACAGGAGGUCAAAUGCAAUCAAUUACAGAAGAAUCACCUCAUUCAUCAUUUGAUCCUGUUACUAAUGAUCGUUUGGCAGUGAAACAAUCUGUCAGUGUUGAUGAUACUACCAGUCAUCGGAAAUCUCCAUCAUCUUCAUCACCAUGUAAUAGAACAAUGUCUGGUAGUUUAUCACCUAAAGAGAUGGUUGCAUCAAUGCAAAGUUCAAUUAUUAUCGAUAUAGAAAGUGAUAAAGAUGGUCAUAAACUCGGUUCACAUGCUGGUGAUUUAUUGCAUGAAUUUCAAAAACGUCGUAUUGAUAGAGAAAAUUCUCAAGUGCUCGAUACUACUACCGGUGCUAAUAGCGAAGAUCAAUCAUGUCCAGUUACACCUAUCAUUAGUCAAGCUACAAAAAAUCCUACUCAGAUGUCUGAAACUAUGGAACCUAAUAUAAAUGAAAAACCAUCUAUAGUUAAUUCUUCCUCACAACCACAGGCACAACGUACUGACAUGGAUAGACCAUGUAAACUUAAUGGUGAAGUGUCGGACACCUCUGAUAUCAGUCCUCAAACUCCACGUUACAUACCUGUAACAAUUUUAGAGGAUAGUCAACCAAUACGUUGUAUUGCAUUUCAUCCAUCUGGACGAUUGUAUGCUGUCGGUUCGAAUAGUAAAUUUUUACGUGUAUGCCAAUAUCCUAGUUUACAGCACCUUAGUGCUAAUCAUGUAGCUACUUCUCCAGUAGUUCUAAUGAGGCGUCAAAAAUACCACAAAGGUAGUAUAUAUUGUGUUGCUUGGAGUCCAGAUGGUCGUAUUAUCGCAACAGGAAGUAACGACACUACAAUUCGCCUACUUCAGAUGGACCCAACAACUGGCAUACCAGAUGCUGCUUGUGGUGAUCCAGAGAUUGCAAGUACCGCUGGACAAGCCAUUGAACUAAGAUAUCAUGAUGGUACAGUACGAGAUAUUGCAUUUCUAUUAGGAAGUUAUCCAUGUUCGGAUACAAUUACAAGUACACCAAGUAGUCAUUUACUAAGUGCUGGUGCAGGCGAUUCUCGUAUUUAUCUUGUUGAUUGUAAUCGAGCCCAAACAUUUGAUCUAUCUACACCGAAGUCCACUCCACCUAAUUAUGUUGUACGUUCAAUGUCUGGGCACACAGCUGCAGUUUAUUCAUUAUCUGUAUGGAGUCCUGGCUCAUUGUUCGUUUCUGGUAGUGCAGAUGCUACUGCACGUUUAUGGGAUUUACGAGCUCCAGCUCCUGUGUUAAUUGUUCCAUCUUAUUCAGGUUCACAAGGCAGUGCAUUUGCUUCAGUUACUGUUGAGCCGAAUUGUAAUUUACUCGCUAGCGGACAUGAGGAUUCAACAAUAUCAUUAUUUGAUUUACGUGGUGCUCGUUAUAUCAAUGCAUACAGACCACAUUCAAAUGAAGUGCGUAGUGUACGAUUCUCACCAACUGCUUAUUACCUACUAUCAGCUAGUUAUGACAAACGUGUUAUAUUAACCGACUUUCAUGGUGAUUUAUCUCAACCAUUGCCUUGUGUUCAAUUAGCUGAGCAUACGGAUAAAAUUAUACAAGCACGUUGGCAUCCUAAUCAAUUAUCAUUCAUUACCUCAAGUGCAGAUAAAAGUGUUAUUUCAUGGGCAUUACCCACUGUGUGA